UUUCCGCCGCGUCUCCUUCCUGUCCUGCUGAACGUCUCGCAUUAAGAAAGGUGGCAGCCAUUACCUUUUCUUUACAUUUUUUGGUCGUGUAAACGCAUUUCUUUUAAUAAGUUGCACACAUUUGCGCCUUGUGGUGUGCCGUUUGUGAUUAUUGUACACCGUAGUGCAGUGCACAGGGCACGAGGCGGAGUCGGCCGCCGAUUAGUGUCUCUCGGCUGUGUUCGGCUCAAGUCGGGCGCCGCUCUGCUCAAUGUGAUGGACGCGAGCGAAGCGGCGGUGAAACGGCUCGGGUUCGCCGGAGCGGAGGAGGAAAAGACCGGGGGACUGGAGGAAGAGGAGGAGGGGGAGGAAGAAGAAGAGGAGGAGGGAGAUCAUUCGGAAAGCGAGCCGGACGAUGCCGAAGUUAGCACGAUGCGCGGCAUGACGGAAGCGGCCGACAUCUCCAUAGCCGAGUCCAUGCCGAACACAGACGACGGCGAAGCGCCGUUUGCGGAGGUUACAACUGUUACAGUGAGUGAUGUCCAGAAUGCAGAUGACAGCGUGUUCUCAGCAUCUGUGGCCUCAGCAGCCUCCAUCCCUGAACAUGUGCUUACAGGCAGAACCACUCUGCAGAUUGGGGACAGUCUUAGCACACAGAAGGCCACCCUGAUUGUUGUACACACGGAUGGGAGUAUAGUGGAUGCCACAGGCCUGAAAGCUACAGCAGGUCCUAUGACACCAGGGCCUCAGACUCCCUCCACCCCGAUGACUCCGAGUCAUGAGAAAGAUGCAAACAAGUAUAACUGGGAUCCGUCUGUGUACGACAACGAGCUGCCCGUGAGGUGCAGGAACACCAGUGGUGUCCUCUACAAGAACAGACUAGGAUCAGGUGGCAAAGGACGCUGCAUCAAAUACAACAAUACCUGGUACACUCCAACUGAGUUUGAAGGGCUGGCUGGAAGAGCUAGCAGUAAAGACUGGAAGAGGAGCAUUCGUUAUGCUGGGAGACCUCUCCAGUGCCUUAUACAGGAGCGCAUACUCAACCCCCAUGCUGCCUCUUGUACAUGUGUGGCCUGCUGUGAUGAUAUGGCUGUGAACAAGGACGGAUCCUUUGGAGGCGAAAGCAUAUCUAUGACUGGACCUGUGCGGCUUUUUGUCCCAUACAAGAGGCGGAAAAAAGAGAGCGAGCGCCCAGCAUCUCCAGAAAAGAAGGAGGCACCGUCACCCAAGAACAUUACUUUAGCACCUGGAGCUGCAUUCACAGUGAGCCCAUCAGGCCAGCUCACCACUACUGGCACACUGACCUUUGAUCGAACGGCAACUGGAGAUGCGACGGCCAUCAUUUCCGACAGCCCUGCCGCUUCAGAUGUCUUCAGCAGCACAGCGGUGCUGACCACGCUACCGGCGCUGACGGUCGUCCCUCAGCAGCCCAUUUUACAAGCUAAAGCUCCUGCUGCAGCUGGAGUCGCCAACGGCUUGGAGAUGAGCGAGCAGCGCACCUGGCUGUACCUAGAGGAGACGGCCAACACACUACUCAACACUGUCCAGCAGCUCAAAGCAUUUAUUGCCCAGGCCAAACAGGCCAGCCAAUCCAGCAGCAGCCUAGAGAAAAGCAACUGCAGCAGGAAGGAUGCUUUUCCCAGCCAACUGACACUUACCGAUGACACAGAGGGGAAGAUUACGGAAAUUAUCAUCAAGCAUACUUGUGUGAACUGUGGACGUGAAGCAUCCAGCGAAUGUGCAGGCUGCCACAAAGUCUACUACUGUUCAAACUUCUGCCAAAAAAAGGACUGGAAGGAUCAUCAACACAGUUGCACUCAGCCUGGUGUAGCUGUGGGAAUUCAUGACGAGGCUCACAUAGCUAGCAUGGAGGUCGAGAAAGUCAAGGCAUAGCCCCAGUACGGAUGCAUGCAGUGGAUAUGGAAUAAUCACACCCUCAACCACAGUGAUGUACAAAUACACUAUAAGGCCAAAAGUAUAUGGUCAUCUGACCAUCACACCAGAGUUGUGGACAUACACAAUUGUGAUAGAUGUAUACAUUUUACCUUCAGUGGAACCAAGAGGCCUAAACUUGUUCCAGCAUAAAAAUGCCCCUGUGCACAAAGCAAGAUCCACGACUACAUGGUGUGUUAAGCCUGGUGUACAAGACUGCAACACUGACUGCAUGUUGCCCAAAUAUAACAGUGAAUGGGGAAUAAAUCUGGAACAGUUUGUUCAACAAGCACACACUGGGGUUUGUCGAUGAGGUGUCCACAAACGUUUGGAGUUUAACUCGUUCUUUGCUGUUGUUUAUCAGCACUAAUUAUAUGAAUCUGAAUCUGUUGAAUAUGACAGGACAUAUUUUUAAAAGACCUUCUGUGCUACAUUCAUGGACGAUCAUACUGAAAUGCCAGAGACUAAAAGGAAACAUCUAUGCAAGACAAGGAAACAAAAAAAUGAAUGUGAUUGAAAAUAUUGUUACGUCCCCAGCUAGUCUAGGGGUUUGGGGGACGAGUAACAGAAUAAAACCGGUGUGAUGUGUGGAGGCAGCGGAGGUUUAAGUCCCAACCCCAGGACUUUACAAAGACCAAAACUCCAUAUCAAAACAAAUUCUUUUAUUUGUUCAAAAUGUGGGAGGAUUUCAAGACCUCAAGAGGGGGCAAGGCCAAAAUAACAAAACAAACCCACUAACUAUUAGAAAAAAAGACUAACUAAACUACAACAAAAACAGAAUUUACAAUACUAAACUAACUCCCUAACUAACUUAAACAAGAGAAAACCAAUAUAUGAAAGAAAAAUGGCACCCACCUCUCUACAAAUCCCUCCCCAAAGAAUUAAUAAUAACUUAACAGAUCAAGAAAUAACAAACGUAUAUACAAAACAUUAAUCUUACAACAACAAUGGGUUGUCUGAUAAUAGGCAACCUGUACAACAACAUGACUAGCCCAAUAACACAUUGGGAGAAAUUCAAUCAACAGAGUUCCAAUCCAUGCUUUUGGGGUUGAGGAAAAGAAGCCUCCCCACCCACACACCGGUUCUGUGCCAUGGUGCAGCUUAAAUCUUCACAGCUUCCUCACCUCCUCCAAACACAUCAGCUCACCAAUCAUUGGGGUCAGGUGUAACCUAUUACUUCCUGCUUGUGAAAGGUAGAGAGGGGAAACAGGAAGAAAGGGGGAAAAAAAACACAAACAUACGUCCUUGGACGUAACAAUAUUGAUGUAAUUAAUGAAGACAAGUCAGGAAAUGGAAGCAUGAUGUCAUUUGUGAAGCAGGAGUAGAGAAGAAAGGCUCAAGGGAUACAAUACAUGACUGUUUAUUCCUUGCUCAUUUAAUAGUAUUUAAAUUAGAUGGAGAACAUGUCAAAGUGUAAUUUGAUGUGUGAUAACUACAUCAUUCAUUAGUACUGACAGUAUUAGGUGAAUUGGUCUGGAGUUGAAGUCACUCAAACUGAAAUGUUCUGCAAGUAUAAUUAAAAUGUUCAUACUGACUGACACACACAUGCAUGCAGUGUUACAUUUACUCCAAACACAUGAAUGAUUAUUGAGCUUCUACACAACAAACUGCCUUAUGAAACAGAAGAGACAUAUAACAUUUACUGUGUGUGUGUAUGUGUGUGUGUUCUAUUUUGCUGUGUCUUACGCAUCAUGAUUUAACAGGCCAGCCUAAAAUAACUGCAGUGAUUAUUUUAUCAUUAUUUGGCUCCUCGUGGCUCCUCGCACUUCCAUAAUUGGAGAACUGAAUGUAAGUUAUAUAAACAAAUACAAAACUCUAUUUAGAGUUGCUCUGAUUACUCCACUAUAUUAUUAACGUAUGAUAAUAACUAAUUGAAGUGGAUCUUGGUUUUUCGUUUUUCAAUAUGUGGAAAAAGUUCUGCAGUUUCAUUUUCACUGAACGUUUACAUGUCAUGUUCCGUAACCAGCACUAGAGUUCUGUUAUUCACAACCUCAGCUUUUCUGAGUCAGAUUCUAUGGGUUAAAUGUGCUUUUCAUUCCUGAUUGAUUUCAAUAGGACACAACACACUGUUCUACAGAUCUCGAAUACCAAAAUUUCAAACCUGUUAUACCUCAUGACGCCUACAAAUGACCUUAUCUUACAGCAGACAAACAUAAGCAAGAAAUCGACCCAGACUGAAUACUUAUUACUUAAGGUUUUUUAUCAGUGUAUAAUAUGGGUUUUUGGAAACAAGAGUUUAUAAAUUUAUGGAUUUGAAUUUGGAGGCUGGGAAACAGGCCUAGUUUUCAAGCAGACCAUCUUUUCAAUAGAGGCCAGAAACGGUUUGCUUAAUAAGGCUUGCUUAUAAAAUGUCACAAUAAGCUCACACAUGGAUGUGUUAGCAAGCAUUAAAGAUUUUACAAGUUGAUUGAUAUAUUUCACAAUUUUGUCUGAUUAAACUUUAGUUCCGAGCA